AUGAAAAAAACAUCUUGUAACCUUGUAAUAUCAUACCUAUUCUUUAUAUUGCUUAGCUUUUUCAUUAUAUCAACAUCAACGGAAUCAACCUUGCAGAUUACUAAUUGUACAAACUUGCAGCUUACACCUAACACUGCUAAAUGUACAAAUUUUACCUAUACAGAGAGUGCAAACAAUACCCAAUCACAACCUUAUGUAAUUGAUAUUCAAUUUUAUGAUGACGGAACAACCCUCAUCCAUCUUGUUAUAGAUCGUCCAAAAACACCAGAUUGUUUUGAACCCACAUUAAUCAUAAGAAUCAUCCAUUUAGAUGGAUCCGUCACUGAAAUUGAUAAGAAUUUUGAGAAUUUAACUCUUGAUUCUGUGGAUUAUUGUUUAUUUAACAGCACAAUUACUGGAAAAAUGGUGAAUCCUAUUUUAAUACGACCCUUAAGUCAACAAUUUAUAUUAGUGAGUUAUUUGGAUACACAUGAUAGGUGGGGAGCUGUUCUGAAUUGGAAAGGCGAAAAAUUAAGUGAUGUUAAUGGAAAUUCAUCAGUGUUGACUGAUAACGCUAUUGAUAUAGGUUUCUUUAAAGUUGCCCUUUUUACGUCAUUGGCCACCAUUGAUGAAGGUUAUGCAAUAUUGUAUGCCAAAUAUUCGUUCGAUGAAACCGAUUAUAUGAAUUCACUUGGUGGAUUAUAUGUUAGCUUUAUAGGUACAAUACAACCACCAUGGGCAAUUCUUUCCUUCUUUUUCAAAUAA